GGCUUGUUGCUUUGCCUGGGCCGUACGUUUUGUUGAUUCCUCCACGGCACCUGUUGCCUCUUUCCUGUCUUUUCCGCCCUCGUCGGAUCACACACAUGUCUUUAGAACCAAGUUAGCGAGGUUUUAUAAUUACCCCUACAACCUAAGGGCAUAAAGCUGCAAGUUGUAGCCCACACUGUCGUCAUUCCUCGUCCAUCAAAAUUCAACACUACUUUUCCUUAGCUCAGCCAACAUCAACACCACAUCCUGCCGUCUAAGAUGAGCUGCUACAAUUCACAACCAUCUCAAUCUUCUCGUAGCACCGGGUCCGCCUCUCCCGCCCUUUCUUCCGGUGUCGUAACCCCCACUGGCACCUCCGCGAGCUCGUCGGCCUUUCUCUCCUCCUCGGUCUCCAACCUCUGGGGAGGAUUGGUUCGACGCUUCUCGUCCGAGAUGGCAACGGGCUCGUCACCAGAACCCACCUCGCCUCACCUCGAAUCCUCCUUCCACCAUUCCCACACAUACCCCAUGGGCGCGAAUGACGGCAUUGACGGGGUUUACACCCCGCCCCAGUCUCACCGGACCGCCUCCCCGAUGCGCCUGCCUCCCCUCGAGCCGCUCUCGCUGCACGGCUUCAGGGACGACACGCCUCCCGGUGCGAGGUUGCUCACCACGGCCAUCGCAGAGGAGAUCAGAAUCAUGGUGCCCGCCAGGCUGACCAUCGUCGACGAGUGGAACCUGGUGUAUAGCCUUGAUCAAGACGGCGCCAGCCUAUCAACCCUGUACGAGAAGUGUAGGAAGUACGAAGGAAAGAGAGUAGGCUUCGUAUUAGUUGCGAAGGACUGUGAAGGAGGGAUCUUCGGCGCCUACCUCUCCGACUUCCCACACCCGGCGCCCAGUUAUUUCGGCACAGGCGAAUGCUUCCUCUGGCGGGCCUCCAUCGCCACCUCUCUCCCUCCGCCCCCAUCAGCAGACACAACCAACCUCACGCGCACAACCACGAUAGCGUCCCCCACCGCCCAAACGCACAACCAACCGUCAUCAAUAGCACCGUCUUCAUCCUCCUCCUCCUCCUCCUCACAACACCUCUCUAAGCCGCCCACCUCCAACGGCCACCUACAACUCCUUGACCCGCCGCACCCGCACCCGCCACCGUCCCCCUCCAUCCGCUUCAAGGCCUUCCCCUACAGCGGCGUCAACGACUACUACAUGUUCUGCGAGGCGCACUUCCUCAGCGUCGGCGGCGGCGACGGCCGCUACGGCCUCUGGCUGGACGGCUCCCUCGAGAAGGGCCUCAGCUCCACGAGCCUGACCUUUGGCAACGAGCCACUGAGCGACGAGGGCGACAAGUUCGGCCUCCUCGGCGUCGAGGUCUGGGUCCUGGGCGCCGGGCCGCCCUGACCUAAGGGGUUCUCUUUUUUUCUUUUUUCUCUCUUUCUUUUUGGGGAGGGGGGGAGACCUGUUA